ACUAGACAAAGUAUCUCUCAUAUCUCUCUCUUCUAAGAUAUCUUCUUCUUCACCUCUCUAUAUAUGGAUGAUUAGAUAUGGUACGGAACAAUCACUCACACACAAAACACACUCUAGAUAUAAAGGAUUAGAUACGUAACAUAUCCUUUUUUUGGUUACUAGGGUUUCGGAAAUUUGGAUAUCAAAUUUUAACAUCAAGCAAAUCAUCAUCCGUACGUACUCAUUCAUACUUUUGUAACAAAAAAAAAAAACAAUCUAAGAUAUCUAUCAAGAUCUUAAGAUAUCUACAUUUAUAGAGAUGUUUCGUUUUCCGGUAAGUCUUGGAGGAGGUCCACGUGAGAAUCUGAAGCCAUCAGAUGAGCAGCAUCAACGUGCGGUGGUGAAUGAGGUUGACUUUUUCCGAUCAGCGGAGAAGAGAGAUAGGGUUUCACGUGAAGAACAAAACAUUAUCGCCGAUGAGACUCAUAGGGUUCAUGUCAAAAGGGAGAAUUCACGUGUUGAUGAUCAUGACGAUCGUUCUACUGAUCACAUCAAUGUAAGCAGAUGGUUAACUCAUCGCUUUUGUUUUCUUUGUUUUUUUUUUAUUAUCUAGAAGUUCAAGCUAAAAAUUCUACAUUUCCGAUAUGCGAAACCCACAUUAGAUUAAAUUCAUUUUUUUUGGAGAAGAGAUCGUUCCCAACGUGCAUCAAACCCAGUACAUCCACAUGAGAAAUUUACCACUGGACCAACAGCUCGUUGGUUACUUCAUUGUUUUCCUUUUCGUCAAUAUCAUUUAAUUACUUCGGAUUUUAGUUAGUAAUAUUAUAAAACAAUAAUUUCGUUAUAUAGAUGAAAACUUUGUUCAUUGAAAUGUGUAUGAUUAUUGUAAAUAGAUUGGACUUAAUCUUCUCACUGCGAAUACGGGAAGCGACGAGUCAAUGGUGGAUGAUGGAUUGUCUGUGGAUAUGGAAGAGAAACGUACAAAGUGUGAGAAUGCACAACUUCGCGAAGAGCUAAAGAAGGCGAGUGAAGAUAAUCAAAGACUAAAGCAAAUGCUAAGUCAAACAACCAACAACUUCAAUUCCUUGCAGAUGCAACUUGUUGCUGUCAUGAGGCAACAAGAAGAUCAUCAUCACCUAGCUACGACCGAGAACAAUGACAAUGUAAAGAACCGACAUGAAGUGCCUGAAAUGGUUCCAAGACAGUUCAUCGAUUUGGGACCGCAUUCUGACGAAGUGUCGUCCGAGGAGAGGACGACGGUUCGGUCGGGAUCUCCUCCCUCGCUUCUAGAGAAAUCUAGCUCACGUCAAAACGGAAAGAGAGUGCUUGUAAGAGAAGAAAGCCCGGAAACCGAAUCCAACGGCUGGAGAAACCCUAACAAAGUUCCUAAACACCAUGCAUCAUCCAGCAUUUGCGGUGGCAAUGGCAGUGAAAAUGCAAGUAGCAAGGUCAUUGAGCAAGCGGCCGCCGAAGCCACCAUGCGUAAAGCCCGUGUCUCGGUUCGUGCUCGAUCCGAAGCUCCCAUGUUAAGCGAUGGAUGUCAAUGGAGAAAAUACGGACAAAAAAUGGCGAAAGGAAACCCGUGCCCUCGAGCUUAUUACCGUUGCACAAUGGCUGUUGGAUGUCCUGUUCGCAAGCAAGUGCAACGUUGCGCGGAAGAUAGAACCAUUCUCAUAACAACCUACGAAGGAAACCAUAACCAUCCAUUACCUCCUGCGGCUAUGAACAUGGCUUCAACUACAACAGCAGCCGCAAGCAUGCUUCUCUCAGGCUCCACCAUGUCGAACCAAGACGGUUUAAUGAACCCAACAAAUCUCUUGGCUCGAACCAUAUUACCGUGUUCCUCAAGCAUGGCUACUAUCUCAGCCUCUGCACCAUUCCCAACCAUUACAUUAGACCUCACAGAGUCACCCAACGGGAACAAUCCAACCAAUAACCCGCUGAUGCAAUUCUCUCAACGGUCUGGUUUGGUGGAGUUGAACCAAUCGGUUUUGCCUCAUAUGAUGGGUCAGGCUUUGUACUACAACCAACAGUCUAAGUUUUCGGGUUUACAUAUGCCGUCUCAGCCGCUAAACGCUGGUGAGAGUGUUAGCGCCGCUACUGCCGCAAUCGCCUCCAAUCCCAACUUUGCCGCGGCUCUAGCUGCAGCCAUAACUUCGAUUAUCAACGGUUCGAACAAUCAGCAGAAUGGGAACAACAAUAACAGUAAUGUUACAACGAGCAACGUUGACAAUAGGCAAUAACAUUUUUUUAUAAGUUUUAGUUAGGGACUUUUUAUCGGUCGAUUUUGUUUUGUUUUUCUUUUAUUACAUUAUUUUUUAGUUACGGCUUUUUUUUGUUUUUUCUUUUCUUUCCCAAACAACAAGUAUUGAGAGCAAUUCCCCCCCCCC